AGUGUGUCUGGAAGGGUCAGCUGGGGUGGGUUGGGCGGUGCAUCAACCCACCGGAGGGUACAUGUGAAGAAGGGGUGUGGGCUUCCCGGGCUUUCCUCCCUCUGGGCCCCCGAGGUCAUGGCCCUGCAGAGAGGGCCACUCCUGCUGCUCACCCUCAGCCUGGGCCUGGCCAGUGCCCAGAAGACUCUAGAAGAAGUGCCGGUGCAGCCAGGCUUUGAUGCCCAGAAGGUGGAGGGGCGCUGGCUGACCAUCCAGCUGGCCACCAGCGACACACUCCUGGUCUCCCCAGAAGACCCCUUGAGGCUCGCUCUCCAUUCCAUUCGGACCUGGAACAGGGACCUGGAGUUUGUCUUGUUCUGGACAGGAAAGGGGGUGUGCAAAGGACUCAAUGUCACCGUCCACCCAACUGGGCCCCACGGCCAGUACCAGGGCUUCUUCGAGGGAGGUGGCCGCAUGUUCGUCCGCUUCGUCAGCACUGACUACAGCAGCCUCAUUCUUUAUGUCCGGUUCGAGGACGGCGGUGAGGUCACCAGCCUGUGGGCGCUGCUAGCCAGAAGAGUGCUCAGGGACCCCAAGUGGCUGGGGAGAUACCAGGGGUACGUCAGGGAAUUCCAGCUGCAGGAAGCCCCAGUCUUCAACCUGGAUGCCCGGUGCUCCCCACCCGCAGCCUAUGCCAGGGCCGGUUCCUGAGUCUUCCUGCCGGGGGCCCCCCUGCCACGCGGCCCUCGCUUCCCUGCCUGCUCCCUCCCUCCCACUCACCCAGGUAUCUUCCCACCCCCUCUGCUACCCAAGGACAUCCUUCCAGACUGGCCAUGCCCACCCUCUCUUUGUCCCUUUCCUUGCCUCUCCCUCACUGGGUUACCAGGUCCUGCCAGCCAAAAACUAAGAGGCCCACGGCCUCCCCCAGCCUGGGCAUGGACCUGAGAACACUGUGGGUGGUGACGAGGGGGCAGGUGGCCUGGAGCUCCCAGCCACAGUGGGCACAGCAUUACAGUCCAGCAGAUGGAGCCACAUGAAGUGUCCUUCAGGGAAGGUGACCCUGCGAGCGGCUGGGCUGGCAUCCUCUGACCUGCCUCCACCUGGGUCCUGCUCUGGGGCAGUCCCCGCCCUGGUCACAGGGGCGUUAAGUGACCA